AAGAGGACGCAAAGGAUAAGUGUUGAAAAAGUUUGGGGCGAGUUAUCGCCAAGCUUCACACACCCCAAACUUUCCCCCGUCUUCUGCUGAGCCGCAGAGCCCGGGGUAACUAACGGCGCUUGCUUACCAUACCGGCCACUGCAACAACACAUAAGAUCGGCAUUCCUGCAGAGGUCCUGCGAGUCAGGUCCCACCUGCGGCGCUGGCUGGGAUAUCCGAUGACACUACAACAGCCAAGGUCCUUUUCGGUAAUCAACGAAGCUCUCAUUGAAGACUGUCUAAGCACGUUGCGUGCCAUCGAAAUGAGAAUGUCUCUCUUCUCUGGCGUUGCUGUCGUCACAGGCGGCGCUUCCGGUAUCGGCCGUCAGGUCGCCAUCUCAUUCGCCCGCGAGGGGUGCAAGCGCAUCGCCCUCCUUGAUAGGGACGAGGAUGGUGCCCUCGAGACCGCCCGCAUGUGCCGGGAGGCCAACGGCGAGACGCGCACCUAUGUCAUGGAGGUCGACAACCGCAACGAGGAGGAAGUAUGUGCGUGCAUGGAAAACGUGGUGGAGGAAUGGGGGCGCAUCGACUACGCUGUCAACUGUGCUGGAAUGUUCGGCCCACUGGCGCCGUCGCACCUCUUGACGGCAGCAGAGUUCGACGAGAUCACGACGAUCAACUACCGCGGGACCUGGCUGUGCUCCCGCGCCGAGCUGACGCACAUGAUCAAGCAGGAGCCGAUGACGACGCACGACGGCAGGCCAGGGAACAGAGGCGUCAUUGUCAACGUUGCGAGCAACCUAAGCUUGGUCAGCCGGUCGGAAACCCCGGCCUACAGUGCUUCUAAAGCAGCUGUGCUGAGCAUGACGAGAAGCGAUGCUGUUGAUUAUGCAAAGUACAACAUCCGUGUCAACUGCGUCUGCCCGGGGAUCAUUGACACUCCGAUGACCAGCGGGGUCACUCCGGACGAUCCCAUCAUCGCCGUGGCGCCGAUGAAGAGGAAGGGGACGCCGCAAGAAGUUGCCGACGCCGUCUUGUUCCUAUGCAGCUCCAAGGCGACCUUCAUCCAGGGUGCCUCGCUGUGCGUCGACGGAGGGUACGUGAUCAACUAGGUCCACUGGGCUCGUGUGUGUUAUGAGGGAAGCAAGUCCAAGAGGGAAUGGAGACCUAAACAGGUUUGUAUGGUAGAAAGUCAUUUGCGUUACAAAAGCAUGGGGAGUGCGGGGGUUCUCAGCAGAAGCUGCGUUCGCUGUUUCCGAAGUAAUCUAUCUGGAAGCUAAUAUUCUUAUGAAGAGGACCAUUAUGAAAUGGAGCAUGAAGCGUGGAUUUCUAAGCGAAUAUGUGUUUCUUGAAACUUGGACAGCACGACUUCGCUUGGUAUCACGGUUGGAUAGGUGAGACGCGAGCGUCUCUGUGUCCAGAUAUUCG